AUGAGAGAAAUCAGAAAACUAGAGCGCGGGAUCAGCACCAAACGAGGUGACCACCUCGUCCAAAAUGGCCAACAUCCAUAUGAUGAAUGGGAGGAGCAACAGCGAUAUUGGCCUUCGCCACGGGCGCCUCCAGUGAGCCCGACAGAAUCACCAUGGACCCCAGGUGGGAGCCAGAAAAAGGCAGUGCUGGGAAAGGUGAAGAGCAAGGCCAAGAAAUGGAUGCACCUGCUGCAUCACAAAAAGAAGCCCGCACAAGAGGAGAUGAUGUGGACGCCCAAGGCUGGACCCAGUCCAGAAGACAUCAAGGGCAGGAAAGAACAACAAGAUGCCGAGCACCAUGGAACCCCCAGUAAAGCUCAACAUCCACCUUCCUCAGGUGAUUCAGAAAGGACACCUGAGGUGUUCAUGGAAGCAUCACCAAGACAGAAUUCACCAGUCCCGAGCCCCACUGCACACAAGGAACAACCAUACUUCAAGGUCAGCAGCAGGUUUGAGUCAGAAAUGAAGGAAGCCAAUGAAAUGCUGAGGGAAUCAAAGCAGCUCCGUGUCAACACAACUAAGCCAAAGUCUGUAGCUUUUGCGCCAACCAUAGAACGCGAGUUCGGGGAUGAAAAGAAUGGCUGGAACAGCAGGGAACUGUCUGAAGCAGCAACCGAGGUGUUCAAAAAUGCAUAUGCUACGGUCUAUCAGGCAGCCCUCAAGAUGAUCUCUAAAAUACAAGAAAUAAUGGUUGCAUAUAAUGUUGAUAGAAGGCACUUGAUAGAGAAGGUAAUAUCAGUUAAUAGAUACCUGCUGUUGAAGCUCCAACCUGGACAAGAUGAUAAGGUACUCUCAGAAAUCAUUACUGAGGCUGUCCUCAAUCUGUUCGACACAUGGAGUGAGGGUGUUGAGAGGCCUUUGGUACAAAGGGCAAAGGAAAUCUCUUCCUGGUUUCUGCAUGAAGGAAGAGAAGAAACACCUCCUGUUCCACUGUCUACACAUCCUUGUGUGUAUGAAGAUGCAGAAGAAUUUUAUUCCUUAGAGAAUGAACUACAGCUUGAAGCAUGA